AUGCCCGCUGAUCAGAAAAAAGAAAAGAUCGCGGAGGAUCGCGCGCUUCUGAAUGAGCAGGUAAACCCCGGAGUACGUGGAUUCUAGCAAGAUUCUGUUCAGAAUAAGGAGUACGCGGAAAGUCUCGCAAAAGAUUUGGCGAAGAAGGAAGAGAAAGAGCGAGUGAGAGUGGAGACGGAGAAGAGAGAGCAAAGAAAAAGGACAAUCCACGAGUACAGGGAGAAUCUCAAAGACGUCGUGUUCAGUGGAUCGCACCGAGUGAUGGUCCGUUACCCGAACGGCGCACGGGCGGUGCUCGGCUUCUCGCCGUCCGACCGCGUCGAGCGUCUCUUCGACGCCAUCUUCUCGAAUCCAGCGUGUCCGGAUUACUUCUCGGUGCGAAGUGUCUACCCGAGAGCCCAAAUUCUGUGCUUCCCCGGAUGGUAUCGCGAAGUGUUCAACGCGGAGGUCGACGAGGAAAGUCGUGUUCCGAAGGAGAACGGCAUCGAGAUGAAGUCGUUCGAGGAGUCGAUAAUCGCCAACAACUCGAUUCUUUUCAUAAACACGAUACACUAG